AUGGCCAUCCUCUCCUACCUCGUAAGGAGCCUCACCUCCUACCUCGCCCUGACCGUCUCCCUCUUCGGCCUCUCUUUGAAAUUCCCGCGCGCCGGCUUCUUUGCCCGCUGUCUGGCCGCUUACGGCUGUCUCGUCGUCUGCGCCACCUACGGCGUUGUCGCCUCCAUCGUCUUGCGCCUAUUCGGCUACGGCGGCCUGUCGCAGUGGACCGUCGCACGCAGCUUCAAAUGGGCCAUGCGACUGUGUACCGGGUCGUGCUUUGAGGUCGUCUCCGGCACCGAACACCUCAGCACGCGCCCCGCUGUCUUCAUCUCAAACCACCAGACGGAGCUAGAUGUGUUGUUGCUUGGUGCGAUCUUCCCGCCCUACUGCAGCGUGACGGCCAAGAAGUCGUUGUCACGCGUGCCGGUGCUUGGGUGGUUCAUGACCCUGUCUGGCACCGUGUUUAUUGACCGGGCGAAUCGGGAGACGGCCCUGAAGGCGUUUGAUGGUGCGGCGGACCAGAUGCGGAGGGAGAAGCAGAGCGUGUUUAUUUUCCCGGAGGGGACGAGGAGUUACUCUGCAGACCCAGUGUUGUUGCCGUUUAAGAAGGGGGCGUUCCAUUUGGCGAUUAAGGCUGGUGUGGAUAUUGUUCCUAUUGUGGCGGAGAAUUAUGCGCACUUGUUGGAUGUAAAGAAGUUGCGCUUCGAGGCUGGGACGAUUCGGGUUAAAGUACUCCCACCGCUCAGCACCAAGAAUCUCCAAUCCAGUGAUGUUGACGAACUGACCAAGAAGGCACGGGAGUCGAUGCUGGAAGUUCUCCAGGAGAUGUACAAGACGAGAGACACCGGAAAUAUGGACAAAUCGUCAUCUAGGAGCCCUGUCGCAAUGGCUUCCCACGCCUCCUCUACUGCCAUUGAGAUUUAAAGCAGCCCGAAAGCAGUAAAAUAGAGAGGAGCCGCAGAGAAGAUACACAAUGCGUCACCCCCCUUUUUUCCCUGUCUCCUAGGUCCGUUUUAUAUCGAGUACUACACCGCGUGGUCUCGAUAUUCCCCUAGCGGAAACAAAUACAACGCUAUCUCCCUCACUCACAUUUAUUGACAUGAGAUGGGCUUCCCCGAAAUACCGAGAUAUUGCAUGAUGGAAACCAUAAUCGCCUUUUUUCUUUCUGUUUUCACUUUUCCUAAUUUUCAUUUACGACACGUAUAAAACGGACCCUCACGCACAGACGUACAUAUAAUGUAUAUAACUACUGGAACGGGAUUUAUGACGUGUCGGGAAUUAACGACUUUUAUUCCCAGCACUGUAAAUGCCCAUCAUAUCUCUCUACAUGAGAGAUACGCCGAACGCAACUGCUAUCCAAGCAACGAAACACGUACCGACCUGGGCACUAGAAGGGAUGCCCAUCCCAUCCGUGUCCUUCCCCUCUCAUACAACAUACAGACCUUUUCUUCUUUCUUCCUCCUUCUUACCAUCGUGUUUUACUUGCCACAUGUACAAGGUUUGCUCCUAUUCCAAUACCAGACCUCCGAUUAACGUGUGCGCUUGAGCUUGAACACUUAGCCCCUUAUUCCUGAUUUCUAUUUUUCCGUAUCCAUUUCCAUUUCGUUGCUUGCCUAUCUCCGCUGCACCAAUAAGUAGGAGACGCCAAAUUUGGCAGCACCGCGAAACUGGGUAGCGAAGCGGUUUUUGCCCCAGAAAACCCACUUCACCCCCUUCGACUUGCCUCCUCCUUUUCGCCUUGAAGCGGCCGGCAUUUCCUAUAAACACUUCCUGUGUACCUAUACAUUGUGCAUUUCCAGCGCGUCUAGGAGUUUUUUUCCGGUGCUAUUUAUCUCCUUGUCUUUUUUCCGAUUUUGAUGUUUAUUUCGCUGUUUUUGCUUUCUUCUCUUCCCAUCCCUUUUGAGUGGUCAUUUUUCUACCGCCAGUCUAAGCUGCCAUCUGUAUGUAUGUGGGUACUUUUCAAUAUGACGAUAGACGGAUAGAUAGGGCAAUGUAAAUAUAUAGACUUUUUUUUU